CUUGGUGCUCUUCGAAGACACCCCCAUAUUCCAAAUCUUGGUAGUCCAAAAGAAGGGGAGGGACAGAAUGGUGGAGUGAGAAGCUCCAGCAUAAAACAUGUUUUCAAUCUGAAGGCAUCCUAGUGCGUCUGAGUAGAUUUUUGAAAUUUGAGUUCUGGAAAGAGGUCUUUGCUCCAAUGGGGCAGAUUGUAAACAGCAGGUAUUACUGCUUCCUCCUGGCCCCUCUGGAAGUGGACUCUCCAGAAGUCAGAGAGAACAGACGGUAAAUGGAAUCAUAAGUGUAAAGGCACAGUUGUUGUGCUACCAAAAUGCGAAUCCAAACAACUCAAGAAGAAGGAAGAAAUGCUUGAAGGAGGAGAGAGGAGAUCCAGAGGAGAGAAAACCAUAAGAAGAAUGCAAGACAAAGGCAUCCGACAUGCUCAAGCCCAGAGACCCUGGAGGUUCGUCCUUCCUAAAAGUGGACCCAGCCUACUUGCAGCACUGGCAGCAACUCUUCCCGCAGAGCGCCCCGCUUAAGGGCGGCGGCGGCGGCGGCGGCGUCUUGGGCCAGCCGCCGCCGUUGCCCCUGCCGCCUCCGGCGCCCGAGCGCAUUGAGACCGUGGCCGACAGCUUCCGCCCGCGCCCUGCCUCCUUGUCCUCUUCGGCCUCCUCCGCCUCCUCCACUCCGGCUUCUUCGACCACCUCAACCGCAGCCUCUGCCUCUUCGUCCUGCGCCGCCGCUUCUGCGGCCACUGCAGCCUCCCUGGCCGGACUGGCCGCUCUGCCAGUGGCCCAGCUCCCGGUCUUCGCGCCGCUCUCCAGCUCCGAGGUGCUGCCCUCGGGAGCUCUGCAGGGCAAGGACCUGUGUGUCGGCUCCUGCUCGGGCUCCGGCUCUAAGUGUAGCAGCGGGGCCGCCGCCUGCGACAGGGGAAUCACUCGAUUCCGCUGCACAGCAGAGGAGCUGGACUAUUACCUGUAUGGACAGCAGCGCAUGGAGAUCAUACCCCUCAACCAACACACCAGCGACCCCAAUAACCGUUGCGACAUGUGCGCUGACAACCGUAAUGGCGAAUGCCCCAUGCACGGCCCCCUGCACUCCCUUCGCCGUCUGGUGGGUACCAGUAGCACGGCCGCCGCCGCGCCCCCCCCAGAGAUGCCCGAGUGGCUUCGAGACCUGCCUCGAGAAGUGUGUCUGUGCACCAGCACCGUUCCAGGCCUGGCGUAUGGUAUCUGUGCUGCACAGAGAAUCCAGCAGGGCACCUGGAUCGGACCAUUUCAGGGAGUGCUUCUCCCCCCAGAAAAGGUGCAAGCGGGAGCUGUCAGAAACACCCAGCAUCUCUGGGAGAUAUAUGACCAAGAUGGGACACUACAGCACUUUAUUGAUGGUGGGGAGCCUAGUAAGUCAAGCUGGAUGAGAUAUAUUCGAUGUGCGAGGCACUGCGGGGAACAGAAUCUCACAGUAGUACAGUACAGGUCAAAUAUAUUCUACCGAGCCUGUAUCGAUAUCCCCAGGGGCACUGAACUUCUGGUGUGGUACAAUGACAGCUACACAUCUUUCUUUGGGAUCCCUUUACAAUGCAUUGCCCAGGAUGAAAACUUGAAUGUCCCUUCAACUGUAAUGGAAGCCAUGUGCAGACAAGACACCCUGCAGUCCUUUAACAAAAGCAGCAAGCUCUCUCCUGCCACACCACAGCGCUCUGUAGUUUUCCCACAGACUCCAUGUAGCCGGAAUUUCUCUCUCCUGGAUAAGGCUGGGCCCAUCGAGUCAGGAUUUAAUCAAAUCAAUGUAAAAAACCAGCGAGUUCUUGCAAGCCCAACUUCAACCAGCCAACUCAACUCUGAGUUUAGUGACUGGCACCUUUGGAAAUGUGGGCAAUGCUUUAAGACAUUCACUCAGCGGAUCCUUUUACAGAUGCACGUAUGCACCCAGAACCCUGACAGACCCUACCAGUGUGGUCACUGCUCCCAGUCCUUCUCCCAGCCUUCUGAACUGAGGAAUCAUGUGGUUACCCACUCCAGUGACAGACCUUUCAAGUGUGGCUAUUGCGGUCGUGCCUUUGCUGGGGCUACCACCCUCAACAACCAUAUCAGAACUCAUACUGGAGAAAAACCCUUCAAGUGCGAGAGGUGUGAGAGGAGCUUCACGCAGGCCACCCAGCUGAGUCGACACCAACGGAUGCCCAAUGAGUGCAAGCCAAUAACAGAGAGCCCAGAAUCAAUUGAAGUGGAUUAACUGAUUGACUGGUUGGAAUUAAACUGCAAGGAAAGUCAUGAUUAAAUGUCACGGACACUUAAGCAAAACCAAAGAUUUCCUCUGAGCAACUUUCAAUCAGCCCCAGAAAACCAAAAGCAGUAAUAAAAUAAGUAAGAUGUUAAGAGAUAUUGAUCCUGGCAUGGAAGUGAGACCAGGAAAGAAAUUAUUUAUUUAUGACUAGGGAUGAGACUUAUUUCAGUGGACAAGUAACCUGGG